AUGUCUCCAACAACAGCACAAGCACCUCCGACUUCCACUACACCACGUCCUCCGAACAGCGUCAAAUACACCAUCGAGCCCGUCACGUCUGAAGCCGACCUUCCCGCACUGGCAUACCUCUCUGGCCUCGCCCUCGGACCUGACCCAUAUUCGGAAUUUCGUGAACGCUAUGGUCCGCAGAGCCUCUACGAUGACACCCUGGAAAAGUUGACCAAUGCAAUGCGGGACAAGUCAGGUCAAUCGUCCCUUUUCAAGGUCGUUCUGGUACCGGAUUCCGACGAGGAGUCGGGGAAGGAGACUGUCAUCGGCCUGUCACAGUGGAGGCUGGGCUACUUGAACGUGCCCAAGACCGACCCUUUCGCGAUCAAAAGGGAUAAUGAUGCCCCGUCAUCCACCGCGCAGUCGGUGGAGACUACUGUUGUUGCAAAACCAAAUGACGAUGGCGAGGCUGAAGGGCUUGAUAUCGCCAGGGCGAAGAAAACACCAAAGCCGAAGCCGUUCUACUCUAACCCUCUCGAGGAACACGGCCGGAUGAUAUGGAACAGUGUUAUCACUCAUAUCAGGGGCAAAAGGUUUAUGGGCUUGCAUCGAUUGGUCGUUCAUCCAUCAUAUCAGCGACAGGGUAUCGGGCAGCAGCUGAUUAAUUGGGGUACCGAGGUCGCUGAUCGCGAAAAUGUAGUUAGUUGGCUUAAUGCUCGACCGGCUGGAUCCAGGCUGUAUGAGCGAAAUGGCUGGCAAGUCGUGGAUGUGGUGGAAUUUGAUUCUCCAGAGCUCGACGUACCGCACACUGUGACGAUGAUCAGGUUCCCUAAGCCUCGGUUGGCGUGA